AUGUUUCUUGUGUAUUUGCAGCGGCCUGCUGCGGUGUGCAGGGGUUUAGGGAGGGGUCGCUCCUCGGCGGAUCGUCUGCGGCACCUGUCGAUCCCUGCAGCAGCAACAACAGCGUCAAGUGCAACAACAGCAGCACCAGCAGCAACAGCAGCAUUUGCUGCUAUUGCUGCUGCGGAAUCUAACAGUUCCCUACCAUGCACGCAAGAUGGCCCCCUGGGGCCCCUGCAAGUAGAUGUAUUGAUAGUGGGGGGUGGCUUAACUGGUCUAUCUGCGGCGUAUGCGUUGCAGCGCCUGCAGCAGCGCCUGCAGCAGCAACAACAGCGGCAAAAGGAGAAGCAGGAGUGUAUAAUAGGGCGUAAUCUCUCCGUUUGUGUUGUAGAAGCUGCUGCUGAGGUAGGGGGUUGUAUAAGAAGUCGUCGCUCUGCAUGCGGUGGUUUUCUAUGGGACUGUGGGGCUAACAGCUUUCGUCUUACCGAAGAGCUGCAGCAGCUGCUGCAGUUGCUGCAGCUGCAGCAGAGCUUGCUGCUGGCCCCACAUGGAGCUCCUCGUUUUGCUGCUGUAAAGGGACACCUUAUUCAAUUACCUAAUACAAUUACAUCUUUUCUUCGUACCGAUCUUUUGUCUCCUCUUGCUAAAAUAAAGUGUCUCCGUGGUCUCCUCUUAGGGGCUAAACCAUGGCUUCCUGCUGCUGUUUCUCGCAUUCUGCAACAGCAACAGCAGCAGCAGCAGCAGCAGGAUUUGGAUGACCUUUCAGUUGAGGAUUACAUAACAAAAGUAUUAGGAGAGGAGACGGCAAGAAAUAUAAUAAAUAAUAUGACAAUAGGUAUUUAUGCUUGUCCUGCUGCAGCACUUUGUAUGUCUCUAGCUUUUCCUUCUCUUAAACUUCUCCUUGAUAAGGGUCUUAUUCGUUAUUUUAUUAGUAAGUGUCUCCUAAAUAAGGGACUUAUUCGUCCUUUUAUUUGCAAUGCUAUCAAUAAGUGUCUCCUUAAUAAAGGAAUUAAAAGGGCCCUUUCCUCUGUACCCUUUAUUAACAACAAGCAACUGAAAGGGCCAAAACUACCAGCAGCAAGCAAUAGCAGCAGCAGCGGGAGAGAGCAGCAGCAGUGGGCCCCUGCAGGAGCCCGGGGGGCCCCCCUUGUUGCUUCCUUCUUAGGUGGCAUGCAGGAGUUGACCAAUGGUUUGUUUGCUGCUGUAGGCAGCAGCAACGUGCUGUUGCAGAGCCGUCUGAUGUCUCUUCAUCUCCUCUCUAAGAGACGAAAGGAGACAAUUGGUUUCUUAGCAACUGUCUCCUCUCCUAAAGGAGACACCUCCAUCUUAGCUAAACAUGUACUCCUUACUGUAAACCCGAAAGAAGUAGCCCGUCUGCUAGGUCCCCCCACUGAGGCGAGCCCCCCAGUGGAGUGCGCGGGGAUCCACAGAAAGAGAUCAGCCCCAGGGGGGCCUCCAGGGGAUCUAGGGAGCCCCACAGGGGGGUCAGGGAUGCCCCCAGCGGAGUCAGCGGGGCGCCUCUCUGACCCUCAACAGGAGGUAAUACAGCCUAUCCUUAGUGCUGCAGCAGUGCAGCAGCUAAAUGCCCUGCCGUUUUCUAGUGUUACCGUGGUUACAAUUGCCCUGCGACCUGCGGCUGCUGCACCUGCUGCUGCUGGUGAGGGGGCCCUGUUAACACCCCCAGGGUUUGGUUUUCUAGUGUCUCCUUAUGAGGCAAAAGAUGGAUGGGAGACACUUGGGGCCCUGAGUAUCUCCCGUCUCUUUAAGGGAAGAGCACCUCCAGGGUAUGAGGUAUUAACUGCCUUUGUUAAGUCCCCUCCUCGAGCAGCAGCAGCAACAACAACAGCAGGUGAAAAAGCAGCAACAGCAGAUGAGGAGAAAUAUGUAGUUGACAAGGUAUUAAAAGACAUAAAGAAAAUACAUGCAAAUAUGAAUCUCCAUUUUAUACAAGAGGAGACGAAUAGCAACAAACAUAAAGUAACUCUCUCCACGGAGACACCUGCUGCUAAGGCGCCAUUUGCUGGUGGUUCUGUGUCUGUAAAGGAGGCAGGAGACAGUGUGACAUAUUUAUACAGAGUAUUAGGUGUACAUCUAUGGGAGGAGACCAUCCCCACACUUUCCCUUAGCUACAGAGACACCCGAAGGGCAAUAAAUAACGAGCUGCAGCAGCUGCAGAAGCAGCAAUUCCCCUCAAGUUUGCUGCUGCUUGAAGGAGGAUGGGUUAGUGGUGUUGCAGUUGGAGACAGAAUAACGGCAGGCAAUGAAGCAGCUAAAAUCAUCCUUAUGCAUGAGCAGCGGCAGCAACAGCAAAAACAGAAGGAGCAGCAGCAGGAGCAGCAAACCCUCGCAAGCGGAGGUUUCCCCGGUCCCUCAUAA